AGUAGUUUUCGGUAAAGUAUCCUCCAUGCCUGCAUCGGCUGAUGCCCAACAUUUGUCCGAAUCUCUGGGUCAGCCGCUGGACAGGUGUGUGGUUGCAUUGAGGAGAUGCCAUGAGGAUGUCGAGGCAGCUGCUGCUUAUCUUAUGGAAUUUAUGGACUUUCCCGACGAGUUUUGGCUGAGUCAAAGUUUGGACGAGGACGUUGAUAUGGUGUCGUCCCCCACCCAUCAAGGGGAGAUGGGGGACUCAAAUGCGAAUGAUAAGAGCAUGGAGUACAUAAUGUCUGAUCCUGAUACAGCUGCAGCUGCGGAGGCAGAUCCCGAGAUUGAUAAAAUACUACGGGAGUCGAUGCAGGAUGCAGAAGGGGAGGUUGGGAAAGCAAGUGGUCCGAGUAGAGCCACUGAGGGGGCUCCUCGAGAGGCGGGAAUGAAGCCUGCCGAGUUUGAUAGGUUUACCACUAGCGAAGAGGUUGAUGAAGAAGGGCUGAAGAAUAUCAACGAAUAUUGCAAUAAUAUGGGCACUAAUUUUGUAGACCCAGCCUUUCCUCCGCUCAACAGGAGCCUGUACUUCGACGAGGCCUCCGCGACGCAUUGGACGUGCCAAGAAUGUCAUUAUAAUGGCAAUCCUCUGCCGAAUGAGGACCCUCAGGAGGAGGUUGAAAGGGACGAGAUGAGGAGGGAGAUGCGGACGUUUUUCCAAUACAUUGAGAUGACUAAUCCCGUUAUGGCUGAGCAAAUGCGUCAGAAUCCCGGAACACUACAAAUAAUGUAUAGCACUGUGUAUGAACAGAAGCACGGUCGUCCGCCACCGACAUCAGAGUCUGGAUCUAGUGAUGGAAAGAAGCUUGUGUGCUCUCGCUGUAAAGCUGAAGCUGGAUUCGUGGUAUUGCAAGCUAGGCCCAGUCAAUGGCUCAGACCAGUUGACAUUCGAGAUGACGUUACUAUGGAGAUCGGGGGUACUCCUUGGGAGGUCAUACGUGGCGAGCCGUCACCCGAUGAUAUACGGCAAGGUGCAUUGGGUAACUGCUGGUUUGUUGGGGCACUGAGUCUAUUGGCUCAGAAGCCCCGACUGGUGGAGAGCAUCCUGUCAGCAUCCAAGGCAUAUAAUCCUGUUGGCGCAUAUGUGGUACGACUAUGCCGGGAUGGCGUGUGGCACAAUGUGGUUGUGGACGACACUUUCCCGUGUACCAGGUUGGGCAUGCUAGCUUACACUAAGGCGGCUAGGAGGCAGCUGUGGGUUCCCCUCAUCGAGAAAGCUGCGGCGAAGCUAUUUGGCUGUUAUGAAGCAUUGAACAGUGGAACAAUCUCGGAGGCUAUGUCCUUGUUUACAGGCUACCCGACGACUAGGGAGAUCCUCUUCAGUGGAUCUGACAUGACGGCUGAGGAGGAGUGGAAGUCUGAACUAGAAGUGUUGUGGGCUAGAUUGCUCACCAGUUAUGAAGCCGGGCACCUGCUUGGCCUCGCAUGCGCACCUACAUUUCGACAUUCCAGGGCGGAACUGAAGGAUCAUGGCCUCCAGGCUCCACAUGCUUACUCCGUGAUGAAUGUGCGAGAGGUGGGAGAGAACCGCCUCGUCCUACUGCGGAAUCCCUGGGGAAUUCAGAGAUCGUGGAAUGGCGCGUGGUCUCGGGAUUCAGACAAGUGGACGGAUGAGUUGAAGCGUGAGCUCGGCUGUAGGUACGAUUCGAAUAGUAUGUUUUGGAUGGACUGGGAGGAUGUAGUGGAAUACUUCGCAAGUCUGGAAAUAUGUCGGGUCCACGAGGACUAUCCCUCUGAUGCAGUUGUUAGGCAGCGAUGCUGGCUACCAGCUCUUACCGGGCUUGGGGAAAUGUUUACUGUAGCAGCGCCGGACGAUGAAGACGCAUCUGUGGAUAUAACGGUCUAUCAAGAGAGUAAUAAGACGAGGGAGAGUGCUGUUGGAAUGGCCAGUACUUUGGUGGAUAUUGGUCUGGUCAUUAUCCGGGUUGAUCCCAAUUCUGGUGAACCCUUGGAAUGCAUUGGUACGGCUAAGAAGGAUAUCAUGCCUGAAGUCAACACCGAAUUGUUUUUGAAGCGAGGUGAGACUUAUCGCAUAGUUCCUCUAUCCUUUGCUCACUCGAUGGAGUUGGGUCAUAGGAAAAGUACGGUGGCGAUACAUUCAUCACGUGCAUUGAAGUCAGUGUCCUCCCCUCGAAGGAUGAGCAGCAUCGAGUCUGGUCUCGCCACGUUCUUCUACGCGGUGGUACAUGGUAAGAGGAAAGAGGUGUCUCCAGCAGGGAUUGCAGUAUAUAUAUGUCAAGAUAGCUCGGGGACUAUAGUUUGUGUUGAGAACAAACGAACUGAUUGUUCCUUUGUAAUCGAGUUGGAUGCCAGCGAGUCGAAGAGUGUGAUAUCCUCGAGGGGGAGUAUGACGACUCAGGAUACGAUACCACCAAUGACCAGAGCGGUACUUAUGACAUUGAGUCCAGAGAGAAAUGCGACCAAGUUCCAGCUUUCUCUGGCUAUGGCGCAUGGUGUACAACCUGGUGACGGUGGUGGGGGUAUCUUCUUCCCUCCGCCUACGGAUGUCACUAUGCAUGUAUUCCUUCCGAUAAGUCAGCAGCCGGUCCCCCACACUGUGUCGCAUUCUACUGCAGCGGAGGGAUCCACCUCGUCUGUGUCACCACAGCAACGAGUAAAGGCAUUGUUCGAUGAAUACGUCGCAUCUGGCAUGGCUCCUAAUGAUGCCUUAUUGGCUGCCUUAGCUGCGAUGAAGAAGUGA